CCGGGCUCCCGGAAGCGGCGGCCGCGGCGUGGAGCCCAGCGGGCUGUCGGUCGCCGGAGCGACCAUGCGCGGCGGCCGGGGGCUGUGAGCGGAGCGCGGCGGCGGCGCGGCCGGAGCCCCUGAAUGGCGGCGGCUCGCUGAGGCGGUGGCGCGGCGCGGGCUCCUCCGAGCGUGGGGUGGCGGGGCCGGGGUGAUGCUGCUGAAGCUCCUGCAGAGACAGACCUAUACCUGCCUCUCCCACAGGUAUGGGCUCUACGUCUGCUUCGUGGGCGUCGUCGUCACCAUCGUCUCGGCUUUCCAGUUCGGAGAGGUGGUUCUGGAAUGGAGCCGUGACCAAUACCAUGUUUUGUUUGAUUCCUACAGAGACAACAUUGCUGGGAAAUCCUUUCAGAAUCGGCUCUGUCUACCCAUGCCAAUCGAUGUGGUUUACACCUGGGUGAAUGGCACAGACCUUGAACUGCUGAAGGAACUGCAGCAGGUCCGGGAGCAGUUGGAGGAAGAGCAGAAAGCUAUGAGGGAAAUCCUUGGGAAGAACACAACGGAACCGACAAAGAAGAGCGAGAAGCAGCUGGAGUGUCUGCUGACGCACUGCGUUAAGGUGCCCAUGCUUGUCCUGGACCCACCCCUGCCAGCCAACAGUUCCCUGAAGGACCUGCCAUCUCUUUAUCCAUCUUUUCACGCUGCAAGUGACAUGUUCAAUGUUGCAAAACCAAAAAAUCCUUCUACUAAUGUGUCAGUUGUUGUUUUUGACACUACUAAGGAUGUGGAAGAUGCCCACGCCGGACUGUCCAAGGGCAGCAGCAAGCAGACAGUUUGGAGGGCGUAUUUGACAACAGACAAAGAAGUCCCAGGCUUAGUGCUGAUGCGAGACUUGGCAUUCCUUAGCGGGUUCCCGCCGACAUUCAAGGAGACAAGUCAGCUGAAGACAAAGCUGCCAGAAACUCUGUCUUCUAAGAUAAAACUGCUGCAGUUGUAUUCGGAGGCCAGUGUCGCUCUUCUGAAACUGAAUAACCCCCAGAGUUUCCAAGAGCUGAACAAGCAAACCAAGAAGAACAUGACCAUCAAUGGGAAGGAACUGACCAUCAGCCUUGCCUACCUGCUGUGGGACCUGAGCACCAUCAGCCAGUCCAAGCAGGAUGAAGAUGUGUCUGCCAGCCGUUUUGAAGAUAACGAAGAGCUGAGGUAUUCAUUGCGAUCUAUCGAAAGACAUGCACCAUGGGUGCGGAAUAUUUUCAUUGUCACCAACGGGCAGAUUCCAUCCUGGCUGAACCUUGACAACCCUCGAGUGACAAUAGUGACCCACCAGGACAUUUUCCGAAAUGUGAGCCACCUGCCAACCUUCAGCUCACCUGCUAUUGAAAGCCACAUCCAUCGAAUCGAAGGGCUUUCACAGAAGUUCAUUUACCUAAAUGAUGAUGUCAUGUUCGGUAAGGAUGUUUGGCCAGAUGAUUUUUACAGUCAUUCCAAAGGCCAAAAGGUUUAUUUGACAUGGCCUGUGCCGAAUUGUGCAGAAGGCUGUCCUGGCUCCUGGAUUAAAGAUGGCUAUUGUGACAAGGCCUGUAAUAAUUCAGCCUGCGAUUGGGAUGGUGGUGAUUGCUCUGGUAACAGCGGCGGCAGUCGCUACGCUGCGGGAGGUGGGGGUACCGGGAAUAUCGGAGUUGGACAGCCUUGGCAGUUUGGUGGAGGAAUAAACAGUGUCUCUUACUGUAACCAAGGAUGUGCAAAUUCCUGGCUUGCUGAUAAGUUCUGUGACCAAGCCUGCAACGUCUUGUCCUGUGGGUUUGAUGCUGGUGACUGUGGACAAGAUCAUUUUCAUGAAUUGUAUAAAGUAACUCUCCUCCCAAACCAGACUCACUAUGUUAUCCCCAAAGGUGAAUACCUGUCUUAUUUCAGCUUUGCAAAAAUAGCACGAAGAGGAGUUGAAGGCACCUACAGUGACAAUCCAAUAAUCCGGCACGCAUCCAUUGCGAACAAGUGGAAAACCAUACACCUCAUUAUGCACAGUGGCAUGAAUGCAACCACCAUACAUUUUAACCUCACCCUGCAAAACUCAAAUGACGAAGAGUUCAAAAUCCAGAUAACCGUAGAGGUGGACACAAGGGAGGUGCCGAAACUGAAUUCUACAACCCAGAAGGCCUAUGAAAAUUUGGUUAGCCCUGUGACACCUCUUCCUCAGGCUGAAAUCCCUUUUGAAGAUGUUCCCAAAGGGAAACGCUUCCCCAAGGUCAGGAGACAUGAUGUAAAUGCAACAGGUAGAUUCCAAGAGGAGGUGGAAAUCCCCGUGGUAAAUAUUUCACUCCUUCCAAGAGAGGCCCAGGUGAGACUGAGGGGCUUGGAUUUGCAGCUGCAGCAAGGAGACAUCACUCUGAAAGGAUACAACCUAUCCAAGGCGGCCCUGCUAAGGUCUUCCCUGGGGAUGUCACUAGAUGCUAAAGUAAACCCCCAAGCUGGAAGGACCGAUGAAACAAAGGAUAACUUGGAGGUCUCCCAGGAAAAGCCCUCUCAGGAAAGCCCACGUGAUUUUGUUGCUGGACACAGAUCAGAGACACAGAAGUCCCCAGUGGGUACAGUGAAGGUGAAUGACCGUGACCAUAAUUUGAAUCUAACCCUGGUCUCGGAGACAGAUGCACGGUUUAAGUUGAAAUCUCAGGCCCAUGGUGCACCAGGCCUGGGUGUAUCCAAAGAAAACCUCUCGCCGCUGAUUAUUCCCCCGGAAAGCCACAGAGCAAAAGAAGAGCUCCCAGGGAAAGAAGAGGAAAGAGACAGAGCCGAGGGCAAUGUGGACAGCCCGGUAGCUGUGAAUGAAAUAGUGCCUGGAAGACGGUUGCAGCAGCAUGCUGUACACAGUUACCCAGGCUUUCUGCCUUGGGAGAAGAAAAAGUAUUUCCAAGACCUUCUUGAUGAGGAAGAGUCACUGAAGACACAAUUGGCAUACUUCACUGAUAGCAAACAUACAGGGAGGCAGCUAAAAGACACGUUUGCGGACUCCCUCCGCUACGUCAAUAAAAUCCUGAAUAGCAAGUUUGGAUUCACAUCCAGGAAAGUCCCUGCACACAUGCCACACAUGAUUGACAGAAUCGUCAUGCAAGAACUGCAGGAUAUGUUCCCUGAAGAAUUUGACAAGACGUCUUUUCACAAGGUGCGUCACUCCGAGGACAUGCAGUUUGCCUUCUCAUAUUUUUAUUACCUCAUGAGUGCAGUCCAGCCCCUGAAUGUUUCGCAAGUCUUUGAUGAAGUAGAUACGGAUCAAUCGGGUGUCUUGUCUGAUAGAGAAAUCCGGACACUGGCGACCAGAGUUCACGACCUGCCCUUAAGCUUGCAGGAUCUGACAGGUUUGGAACACAUGUUAAUAAAUUGCUCAAAAAUGCUCCCUGCUAAUAUCACUCAACUAAAUAAUAUUCCACCAACUCAGGAAGCGUACUAUGAUCCCAAUCUGCCACCAGUCACUAAAAGUCUUGUUACCAACUGUAAACCAGUAACUGACAAAAUCCACAAAGCAUAUAAAGACAAGAACAAAUACAGGUUUGAAAUCAUGGGAGAAGAAGAAAUCGCUUUCAAAAUGAUUCGUACCAACGUUUCUCAUGUGGUUGGCCAGCUGGAUGACAUAAGGAAAAACCCCAGGAAGUUUGUUUGUCUGAACGACAACAUUGACCACAAUCAUAAAGAUGCCCAGACAGUGAAGGCUGUUCUCAGGGACUUCUACGAAUCCAUGUUUCCCAUACCUUCCCAGUUUGAGCUGCCAAGAGAGUAUCGGAACCGUUUUCUUCACAUGCAUGAGCUGCAGGAAUGGAGGGCGUAUCGAGACAAGUUGAAGUUUUGGACCCAUUGCGUACUAGCAACACUGAUUAUAUUUACUAUAUUUUCGUUUUUUGCUGAACAGAUAAUUGCUCUGAAGCGGAAGAUAUUUCCCAGGAGAAGGAUCCACAAAGAAGCUAGUCCUGACCGAAUCAGGGUGUAGAAGCUCUUCAUUUGAAAGUCACCUACCUCAGUGUUUUCUGAGCAUCUCCCACCUCGCCAUCACAGGGCGUCUCUAUGAUAUGGCACACAGACCUCAACAUCACAGGGUGCACCUAAGACGUGACGCGUAGACAGCCUGGUCGGGGAAGGCACGGCAUGCAGACUGUGUUCUGCAGCGUGGCUAGAGCCCACUGCCCUGGAAUUCGUCAGCACACGGAGAACUUGUGUUGAUGGCUUGUUCGGCCUGUACUAUUAAAGGCUUUGCUGAAGGACCUGUCAGCUUGUUGAAAAACCCUCACUGACAAGCCGCUGGUUUCCUCCCACAAUCAUUGCAGACUAAGAAGCCAGGCCAAUUGGAAUCAAGUGCUGCGGGACCCCAGUCUUUGCAUUCCAAAGCCUUUUGGCAUAAUUUUUCACUUUUUACUCCUUUUAUUCAUUUCCCAUUUUUAAAAACUAAGUAGCUACUAAGUUAUUCUUGCUUCUGAAAAUAAUGAAUCAGGAUGUCAAACCAUGUUUGUAUAGAUCUUAUUUAAAUAAUGUAGAAAUAUCUCUCCCUUCUAGCAUAUCUAAAUUAUUGAUUUUUAUUAACAUUCAAGUGGUCUUGAAUAACAACUACUGAAGAGCUUGGGGAUUGAUGUUGAAAGUGUUUUGAGCUUGUUCAACUCAGUCCCCUAGAAUACUGUGAUGUUGUGUGCAGGCCUAAUUGCAAAGGGCUAAUGUCAAGUAGCAUUGCUACUCACCGGAUGUAAUUAUGUCUCGGAAAUGUACAUAUGCAAAAGUACAUACAUAUGUACAUAUACAAAAGUGCCUCCUUGAGAAAUGAAUAGUGCUGACAGUCCCAGCACAUGGCUGUGGUGUCCAGCUGAAAGGCCACCAUAUCUCCCAGCAGCUUGCUCUCAGUAAAAGGACAGAGAGUAGAUAGCUCAAGACAUGGUCAUCUUUGUCAGUCUUCUGUUUUGUUGUUGUUUUGGGGUUUUUUUUUCUUUAUUUUUUAUGCAACCCAGUAAAAAGAUGAAAACCACCUUUAGUUUGAAGCUACGCAAAAGCCCCAGACAGACUUGACCCACAGGCCAUUGUUGGCAGACCAGAAAAUGAGCCUCAUUUUUACGGGUAAGCUAACCCGGACACUAGUCAUGCUCCGUUAUGUCAUUAUACCGGAGUUGUAUGGAAACCGGAUGCCGUGAAUCCUUUUUGAAUUCUGACAGAUAUCUUCGAUCAUGAUCUCAGUAGUAUUCCUCCAAAAUGGCACACAUUUUUGUAAAGAGAACUUGAAGUGUAAAUACUGUGUUUGUGCUGUAAAUUUUGUGUAUUUCAAAAAAUGAAGUCUCAUAAAAAAUCA